GGCGAGCGGGCGGCAGUGGGCGCCAUGGCCGCGAGGCCGCAGUCCCCGGGUGGUGCGGUGUCGGCGGCCGCCUACCCCGACACGCCGGCCGAGUUCCCCCCGCACCUCCAGGCCGGCGCGAUGCGGCGCCGCUUCUGGGGCGUGUUCAACUGCCUGUGCGCCGGCGCGUUCGGGGCCCUGGCCGCCGCCGCCGCCAAGCUGGCCUUCGGCAGCGAGGCAAACAUGGGCUUAUGCAUCUUAGGCAUUGUUGCAAUGGCAAGCACCAAUUCUCUGAUGUGGACCUUCUUUAGCCGGGGCCUCAGUUUCUCCAUGUCUUCAGCCAUUGCAUCUGUCACAGUGACGUUUUCUAACAUCCUCAGCUCGGCCUUCCUGGGCUACGUGCUGUAUGGAGAGUGCCAAGAGGUCUUGUGGUGGGGAGGAAUAUUCCUCAUCCUCUGUGGGCUCACCCUGAUCCACAGGAAGCUCCCACCCGCCUGGAAGGCCCUUCCACAGAAGCAGCAGUAACCCAUGGGCUGGAUGGACCAGUGAAAGUAACCCAUGGGCUGGAUGGACCAGCCUUGGGUUGGUGUAUGGGACUGCUUCCUGAGCGGCCUGGGCACACAGUCUUCUGACCAAUGGCUACAGGGAGAGGCCAGACCAGCUCCGGCCUUCUGGCCAACCCUGCUCCCAAGGGAAUGGGCCUCUGAUCUUCAAGCCUUGAGGGAAGCCAAACCCUGUGCAGGGAGGCAGCCCACAGUGUUCUGCUCUCCACCCCUUGCUGGUGUCUGUACUGGGCUUUGAUUCUCAUGCUCCCGGGCCCACUGCCCACCUGAGCCCUGGCAGAAGCUGAGAUCCUGGGGUCACUCGGCUUUGUGUAUGGUUGUAACCAGUCCUGUCACCUGACCAAGAUCCCUCUUACACCUCUAGAGUCAGCACCUGGGGUUGGGCGGCUUUCUGACAGCCCCAUAUUGAUGUAUUGGGCCAACUGCAUCAUGUUUAUGUAUGGUGGGAAGACAAGGAAACCUGGGAUAAUAAAUACUUUUUGGUAAGUUAAAGCUAUGGAAUCUUAAUUCUCUUUUGGUUUUGGAGUUUGAGGGAGCAGCCAGGGUGAGUUGAAAUUCUUGGCAUGGGACAGGUGGACUGGGGUGAGCUUGGCAGUGCUGGUCCGUAGUGGCCGAGGACUCUACCACUGUCGUUCCUUCCUGAGCAAGCCAGGCCAGAGCUCUUGGAAUGGAAGCUGUCUGUCCACUCUGUGAAAGAGCAAAGUUGCACAUCACUUUGGAGCUCUUGUUCAUUUACUUUGUUAAGAAAGGGAAGUGGCCCAGGAGUGCCCCCACCUCUUCCCUUUAGGUCUCUUCUGUGCUUUGCUUUUCCUUCCCAGCUCUCUUGGGUUCUUUUGGUGUCUUAUAGCCACAUGCAUGCCAUUCCUAGUGCAGGGCCGUCUGCAUACUGCCUGUCUUCUGCUGCACAGCCCACCUGCUCCACUUCUUCCCUGGGCUCCUGAUGUCUCCAAGCCUUCUUUAUAAACUCACUGAAGUUGAGAGCACCUGGUGGCCAGGAGGCUAGAACAGUGAAGGAGCUGUCCAGGUCCUUUGUCCCACCCAUGCAAUGCCUGCAUCUCUCUCUUCCCAGGUACUUUCUGACAUAGGCUCACUGCUUCUGCUAACCAGGGCCUGGCUCU